ACUUCAACACGGACAACUUCAUCUGCAAGGAGGACCUGGAGCGGACGCUGGCCCGGCUCACCAAGUCGGAGCUGGACGAGGACGAGGUGGUGCUGGUGUGCGACAAGGUCAUCGAGGAGGCCGACCUGGACGGCGACGGCAAGCUGGGCUUCGCCGACUUUGAGGACAUGAUUGCCAAGGCGCCCGACUUCCUCAGCACCUUCCACAUCCGGAUCUGAGGACACUGCGGAGGGUGCGAGGCCCAGACGCCGACCUUCUGGCUCCGCUGUCCACACAAGUGACCUCCGAGCUGCCCGGAAAAGACGCUGUGGCCUCUGGGGUUAUACCCCCCAACACGUCCUCGGCCCUUUCAGCAAAAAAUCCUUAACCAGGGAAGGGGGGUGUGAGGGCAGAGCCCUUCCCAGACCCCCGGCCCCACCACAGGCCCUCCUCCGUCCCCCGGGUUCCCCAGACCCUCAUCCUCUCCCCCAGAGAAUGGCCGCCCCGGGGGGGAGAAGGCACAGGCCCUGCGGGACAGGGGCUCCGUGCACGGCCCAGUCGCCCCGGGCGAGGUGAGAAGAAGAGGCUAUGUGGUCUUUCUCCAGAGCCCAGUGUGAAGCUGUGUGGACAGGGCUGCGUCCCCGUCCCUGGCGCUGGGCCCUGGGCGCCCCCUGCCCUCCCCGAGACAAUCCUCA